CUAGUACCUGAAGGGCAGCCUGUGGACUUGGCUGUUGACGAUGUAACUGGCACCUCGCUGACUCUGUCCUGGAACACACCCAAGUACAUUGGCCAUACUGGGCUGGCAGGCUACCUUGUGGAAUAUCGCAAGGAAAGCACUGAAACCUGGGUUGCUGUGAAUAAGGAAGUUACCACAAAAACUGUAUUGGUGAUUAAAAACCUGACCGAAGGUGACAAGGUGCAGCCUCGGGUUAAAGCAGUUCAUGGUGAUGGUGCAGUUGGCACUGCCAUCUUUCCAGAGCCUGUGGUAAUCAGGCAGCCCAUUGAUCCUCCCAAAAUCCGACUGCCUCGUAACUUGAGGGAAACUUUUAUUCGGAAAGUUGGGCAGCAAUUAAACCUGUCCAUACCGAUCCAGGGCACUCUUCAACCUACAGUCACCUGGACAAAGGAUGAACAGCCCAUGGACCAGGCACAUGUAAACAUCAGGAAUAGUCCCAUGGAUACUAUCCUAUUCAUCAGGAAACUCGAAAGAAAGGAUUCGGGCAAGUACAAGCUGGUGGCACAAAUAAACACCCUGGUGGAUGAAGUAGUCAUUGACAUCCAGGUUGUGGAGAAACCUGGCCCUCCACGGAACUUGAAGAUGGUGGACGUGUGGGGAUUUAAUGUGGCUUUGGAAUGGCAGCCACCUUCUGAAAACGGAAAUGCUGAGAUCAAGGGCUACACUAUUCAGAAAGCUGACAAGAAAACAGGGGAAUGGUUCACUGUGAUUGAGAAGUGCCGUUCCUGCUCCUACACUGUCUCCAACCUGGUGAUGGGCAAUUGCUACAACUUCCGGGUCUUCUCUGAGAACCUAUGUGGACUGAGUGAGACAGCAGCGCAGUGCAAGGAUACAGCCAACAUCCCCAAAAUAAGUACCCCAUAUAAUGCCCCUGUUUACCAAGAGAAAGAUUUCACUGAAGCCCCGAAGUUUACACAGCCCCCAACAGACAAGACUGCAACUGUAGGAUUCACCACCAAACUCUUCUGCAGUGUCCGAGGAAAUCCCAAGCCCAGAAUCAGUUGGCUGAAGAAUCAGAUGUUGAUUGAGCAUGACCCCAAAUUCAGAACUCUGACCAACGAAGGGAUCUGUACACUGGAGAUCCGCAAGCCCAGCACCUUUGACAGAGGAGUCUACACAUGUAGAGCAGUCAAUGCACUGGGAGAAGCAGUAGCAGACUGCAAGCUCGAUGUGAAAAGUGUGGUUAACUUGCCUCUUGCCUCAUCGACCUGAAGGUCAGACUUCAGCUGUCUUGGUUGCUGAACUCAGUCGAAAUUAGGAUUGUUUAUUGAGAGAUUUAUGUGUCCAUUAACCCCAUUGUGAGCUGGACAGUGGAUAAAUCUUCUCUUGUCUUGUCUGUUCCCUGAAAUGAUAACAUUUUAAAUAGUGUGUGACGUUAAUAAAAUGGAAAUACAUUGAAAUUUAGCAGAGCCUGCAAAUAAAGACUAUACACAGGU